AUGGCAGACGAAUGCAAGAAGCGCAAGGCGAGCGAAAUCGUCGAGGAUGCCGACGACAGCGUGGAAGAGGCAGAAGCGACGGCGCAGCAAGUUGAGGUAGUGGACCUCACAGCCGAAUCGAAUGACGACGACAGAGCGGCGCCAAACGAGGACGCGGCCGAAGUAGCGCAGCGAAAGGCCGACUGGGAGGCCAAGGCGGCCGUGAAGCGCGUACGGCUUGGGCAGCUAGAGCAGCAAGCGGCUGCAGACUUGGUGAAAAGCGCCAUGCAGACAGUGGGCACCGAAGGCAAAGGCAAGGCGCGCGGCAAAGAGGCCAAAGCGAUCGCAGCGGCUGCGGCGAAGGCGGCAGACAAAGCAGCCAAGGAGGCUGCGGAAACAGUGAGGAAGGCGACCAGCGAAGGUGUGAUUGGGACACCAUCAGGCGAUGGGGAACAUCCCAACGCUACAGACAUUGGGGGAAAAGAAGGAAAGGCGAGCGGCGAGGGAGCCGUCGUAAAGACGGAGUCCAAAGUGAAAGUCGAACUUGGUGGGCCGGAGCGGACCGGCCUUGCCCGAGACGAAGUGUUCGAGCGAGAGUUGGGGUUCCACUGGGAUUGCUCUCGGAUCUUCACGCCUACCGGGUGGGGUGGCGUGGACUCGGGGUACGUGCGCGAUGUUACACGCUGUUUGACGGUGGUGGGCGAGUUCGACAAAACUCGCGACAAUUGGGGAUACCAGACGGCCAAUGCUGCCGGCGUGGAACACCUGCGCUUGUUUGCAAUCGCCCAAUCGUUUGAAUUGCGGCUUGCGAGGGUGAGUUUUCACCGGUUUGAUGAGUUCAAGGGUGGCAUGCGUGAGUUGCAUGAACGGGAACGCCUGGAGCACUGGACUGUGGACGUGGGGCGGAUCGAGCUUUGCAAUGAUGAAACAUUGCUAGUGUACCUCGUAGCGUUUGUGUGGACGCUUGUCGGACAAGACAGCGGGCGGCAUGGGCAAUUGCCGCUGACAGCGGGGCGGUUGGCCAAGUCGCUGUCUAAUUUCGCCGGGGGGGCCCGACUCGCACAGCGAACUGUCGACCCGUCGCUGUCCAUCGCGAUCCCACGAUCGCGCUCGCGUGGGCGAUCGGCGGUGCCAGGGUGCUCACCUCCUCGGGGGCAAGCGACGAUGUCGGCGGCGGCGCAAGUGCAAGGGGCGUGGUUGACGCCAAGCUGGUUUCGGUGCUCCCUGCGAGCGCCUGGUCGAGCGUAUGGGUUCGCCGACGGCGAGUUCCUCGACGUGGGCGCGCGAAGAUGCGCAGGUGGCAGCGCGAUUGUCUGCGGCGCGGCCGGUGAAUCCGUUUGCGGGGAUGGACAGGGUUAUCGGGCUAGGGCGCGAGCGGUUGCGGCGCCGCAGCAAGUGCUGAGGCCGAUGUCACAGACGGCAACACCUGGGGCGCAAGGGGAGGAGGAGAAGUCGAUGGCGGCGGAAGAGGAAGAGCCGCCGCGGGAUCCAGAGGAUCGUUUGCCGUCGCUUCAUCGGUCGUAG